AUGUGGAAGCUAAUAGCCCAACAAACGCAUACAAAAAAGCAUUCAAGUUCAUCAGAUGACACUAUAACAGCCGACGAAGUGAAUGAAUACCUUACUGAUAUAGGAAGGAAAAUAGCUGAAAAGGCUAGUCCUACCUUGAGGGGCUCAGCUAGUUUGCUUCAUAAGGUCGGUUCAAAUUGUGCAGACUCAUUGUUCCUUUCUCCUGUGACGGAAGAUGAAAUUGUAGAUAUAGUGAAGAAAAUGAAAAAUAAAAAUACUAAGGACUAUUAUGGCUUGACAGUUAAUUCCAUCAAAUGCAUAAUUCCAUAUAUUAAAUCACCAUUAAGCAAAAUUAUAAAUGACUGUUUCACUCAAGGAAUCUUUCCAAUAGAACUCAAAACUGCAAUAGUCACACCCAUCCAUAAAAGUGGAGAUGCAGAAAACCUCUCAAAUUAUCGACCCAUUUCAGUGUUGCCAGUGUUGUCGAAAAUAUUUGAGAUGGCGCUGAAGAAGCGUCUGGUUGACUUCUUAGAAAAUAAAGCAUUGCUUCACCCAGGUCAACAUGGAUUUAGACAGAGCAAGUCAACAAUAACUGCAAUGCUGGACGUUUUUGAAAAUAUACUGGAGGCAUGCAAUGUUUCGGAAGAAACAGAAAUAAUAUCCAUAGACUUGAGUAAGGCUUUCGAUAGCGUCUGCCACGAAAUACUACUGAUGAAACUACAACAUUAUGGUGUAAGAGGAUUGGUUCACAAACUUAUUCAAUCUUAUUUGACCAAUCGUAGACAAGUAGUGAAAUGGAAUGGACAGAGAUCUGAUUUUGUAGAGGUGAAGUGUGGCGUCCCCCAGGGGAAUAUAUGCACGGACGUAUCAGUUCUAAACCAGUUUGACACAGGCAGUGAUCACAGACUGGUAAGAGCAUCCUUCAGAUUCAAUUUAAAAACUGAAAGAAGCAAACUCAUUCGUACCAACAGAUUUCCUACGGCCGAAGAACUUGAAUCCAGAAGGGAAGAUUACCAAAACGAACUAGAGAGAAGAUUGGAGCCAACUGAAACCCUGAGUAGAAUGGAUAUAAAUGAACUGAACAGGAAGAUCACUAACGACAUACACGUUGCAACAAGAAAGAUUUGCAUGACAACGCAAAAGAAGAAGAGCCCUAAAUUACAACCAGAGACCUUACAGCUGAUCGAACAAAGAAAGAGAACUUCCAGAGAUACAUUAGGCUAUCAGGAACUAAAUAAGAAAAUACACAAGGAAGUGAGAAAAAACAUCCGAUCCUAUAACACCAAGAUGAUCGAAAAUGCAAUAGAGGAUAACUCAAACAUGAGAGUUUUAAGGGCAAAACUCUCCACAGGCAAGCACGAAAUCACCAAGAUGAAGGAUCAGCAGGGUACCAUAAUCUCGGACAGGACAGGGAUCGCGGAACACAUCAAGCGUUUUUACACUCACCUUUAUACAUCUACUAGACCAGACCCGAGAGCUACGAACAAAGUUAUAUGCAACGUAGGCUCCGAAGAUAUACCAGAAAUAUCUAAGCAGGAAAUAAAGGCUGCCCUCAGGCAAAUGAAAAAUAGGAAGAGUCCGGGAGAAGACAGAAUUACAUGCGAAAUGCUGAAAAUGGGAGGAGUGGUUAUUGAGAGAUCCUUACAAAUUUUGUUAAAUAAAUGUCUACUUGAAGGCAACAUCCCAGAUACAUGGAAAAAUGCAGAAAUGGUCCUGCUUUUCAAAAAAGGGGAUAAUGGGAAUGUAGAAAACUAUCGGCCAAUAAGCCUAUUAUCCCACAUGUACAAACUCCUCACCAGAAUAAUAACCAAUAGACUAACCAAUAAAAUGGAUGCAUACCAGCCAGCAGAACAAGCGGGUUUCCGCAAAGGUUUCAGCACUACUGACCACCUACAAGCCAUAAGAAUAUUAAUAGAAAAGACAACGGAAUAUAACAUACCCCUUCAUUUGGCAUUUGUAGAUUUUUACAAAGCGUUCGAUUCUGUUGAACCCUGGGCCUUCUUACAAGCUAUGGAUGAUGCUAGAAUAGAUUCAAGGUACACAAAUCUCAUAAAGGCCAUAUAUAAGAACGCAACUUUUCACGUCAAAAUUAACGAAGAUCUGAAAACCGAUAGGAUCGAAGUAAAACGGGGUGUACGUCAGGGCGAUAUAAUCUCCCCCAAGCUUUUUACUCUAGCACUAGAGAACGAUUUUAAAACCUUACAGAGGGAAACAAAAGGAGUAAAUAUCGACGGAUUAUAUUUGAGUCAUCUCCGAUUUGCCGACGAUAUCGUCAUUAUAAGCAGUAGUAUGCAAGAACUGAGCGAAAUGAUAAAACAACUAAACGAAGCUUCGAAGAGGAUCGGUUUGAAGAUGAACAUCGCCAAAACUAAAAUAAUAAGUAACACCGAAGAAACGAUACAUGUAGAUGGCACGAAACUGGAAAACGUGAAGGAAUAUGUAUACUUGGGGCAUGCGAUUAAAAUAGGUAAAGAAAACCAGACGGCAGAAAUUAAAAGGAGAAUCAGAUUGGCCUGGGCAGGGUUUGGGAAAAUGAAUUACAUAUUCAAAAAUAAAAGCAUCCCCAUUAACCUCAAACGAAGAGCUUUUGACACCUGUAUACUCCCAGUAGCAACCUACGGUUUGGAGACGAUGGCAAUGACCAAAAAGACAGCGAAUCAAAUGAGAGUGAUGCAAAGAGCAAUGGAACGAGUUAUGCUCGGGAUUAGUCUCAGAGACAGGAAGAGGAACGAGGAUAUCCGACAGAAAACUAGGGUGAUAGAUGUGAUAGAGCGGAUCGCGGAGCUGAAAUGGCAGUGGGUAGGACAUGUGGCGCGGAAAGAUAGAACACAUUGGACUUAUAGACUGGUGCACUGGCGACCAAGAAGAUCGAGGCGAAGCGCAGGAAGACCACAGAAAAGAUGGCUCGAUGACAUCAAAAAGCAAGCAGGUAUAGGGUGGUUUCGAACAGCACAAGAUAGGACAGCAUGGAGAAAUUUGAAGGAGGCCUACGUUCAGGAGUGGACAAGAUGUGGCUGA